ACACGCGUCUUGCUGUCUCUCCUCGGUGUUGCCGUCCAUUGCCUGUUCCUCGCUCGUCUGUCAGUUACUUGGUACAAUUCGUGGAGUCAAAAGGAAGUUGAGUUUCAGGUCAGGUAAUUUAGGAGACGAUGACUGUGAUCGACUUGAUAACCAGAGUUGAAGCUAUUUGCAAGAAAUAUGAAAAGUACGAUGUUGAUAAGCAAAAGGACCUUAACGUCGCCGGCGAUGAUGCUUUCGCCUGCCUCUACGCUGUCGUCGAGGCUGACCUUGAUGCUGCUCUUCAAAAAUCGGAGUCGGCUGCAACGGAGAAGAAUAGGGCUACGGUUAUUGCUAUGAGCGCUGAGAUUCGGAGAACCAAAGCUCGAUUGCUCGAGGAACUCCCCAAAUUGCAGAGGCUCGCUUUUAAGAAGGUGAAAGGGCUCUCAAAAGAAGAGCUUGAGGCUCGUAGUGAUUUAGUUUCCACACUAAAAGAGAGGAUUGAAGCGAUCCCAGAUGGAAGUACUAGCACUGCUAAACAAGCCAGUGGCUGGGCACCUUCAACCUCACACAAAGGAUUCAAAUUUGACUCAACUUACGAUGGUGGAUUUGAUGGUGAAUAUUUCCAACAAACUGAAGAGUCAGACCGGUUUAGGCAGGAAUACGAAAUGCGUAGAAUGAAACAGGAUCAAGGUUUAGAAGUCAUAGCAGAAGGAUUAGACACACUGAAAAACAUGGCCCAUGACAUGAAUGAGGAGAUGGACAGGCAAGACCCACUGAUGGAUGAAAUAGAUGACAAGGUGGACAGGGCAACCUCAGACAUCAAAAGUACUAACGUGAGACUUAGGGAUACCCUCAACCAGCUGAGGUCCAGCCGCAACUUUUGCAUUGACAUCAUCCUUCUCUGUAUAAUUUUGGGCAUCGCUGCUUAUCUAUACAACGUGUUGAAGUGAAGUGUUGGAGCAUGUUUAUUACAAAAUCUUACCUACAUCAACAUGUUUUUACAUGAGACUUACUGGUUUGGUGUAUACACACAGGUGUGUAGUUAAGAAUCAUUCCGACUUCUAUGGCUAUAAAAUUAUAAGUCUUUAUAUAUAUGUAUAUUAGAUAAUUAUUAUGAGCAUCUGCAAAUGAUGUUGGAACCAUUCUCAUGUCAACCAAUCUCUUUUUGUUUUCAUAAAGAAUCAAAAGUAUGGGAAAUCAAACUUAAAUUUAUCAAA